AUGCAAGGGCCAUCCGUCUGGAGUAAUGGUGCCAUCUUGCGCUACGCAUACUCCACCCUGUGGUCUGCCCCCAGUGCCCCCACACGCAUGGACAUGAACCUGGACAUGGAAAUGGAUAUCUUCCCCAGAACGCCUGGCUCGGCUGCUCAUGAAUGCUCUCAAUUGCCGGGGUAUACAACGAAAAGGAAUCUUGACGCGAUGUUGUCUGGAUCGAUGACAUUCACCGACCCCAUAAGGACUCAGGAGAUAGCCCUGUUUCGCUUUGUGGCGCUCGCCCGUCUGACGCUGGAUAACCGUGGCUGCUCAGACCUAUCAUAG